AUGAGUCUGUGGGACGAAAACCCGCCGCCGAUUGCUGCGGGCGACGUCAUUCCCCAGCAGCGCCGCGCCAUCGCCGAGCAGCCUCGAAGUAGCGGCCAGCCAGAGGGAGAACAUCACAGCUAUCCUUCUGGUACUGCGGCUGGUGCUGCACCGGGACAGUCUGCUGGCAAGACUCCUCCUCGACGUAAAAGUCAUGGCUUCGGAGGAAAGCAGAUCACUCGUACCAGGGUGAGCUACUCGUGCCAUACCUGUCGGCGGCGCAAGGUCAAGUGUGACAAGGUCCAUCCGGUAUGCGGGAAUUGCGUCAAGACAGGCACCGAGUGCAUGUAUGACUCCAUGGCCGCCGCUGCCCAGCGAAAUCGCGCCGAGGACAACCAUCAACGAGUAAAACGCAAGAGAGACGUACCGAAGCCUGCAAAGAAGGAUGAGCCGGACCUGUCUACUCCGCAGGAGAGUCUUCGUGAACUACUAAACUAUCAGGCACGUCUCCGAGAACAGAAAUCUGGCUCGGACGAAAUCGCCACCCGCCUCGAUCGGCUUACCUCCAUGAUCGAACGGCUAAGCCGUACAGGUGAUGCACACAAUAUUGAAGGGAGCGUUGCUGGCGGUGGGAGUGCUAGCUCAAAUGUCGCUGGAAGGCCGGGGAUCGUCGAUGGUGCGCCUGGGCGCCCUCGCAACAGAUCAGUUUCAACUUCGGGCUCUGUCUCGCGCCAGUCUAGCCCCAGGCGUAAUUCAGAUGAUGCUAGCAACGAUGAUUUCCCAAUUCCAGCGGGGCUUUCUACCGAUCUUGUCGAUCCUGUUGGUACAUUGAACCUGGGACACUUGAGUCUUGAGGAUAGCGGCAGGUCUCGAUACGUUGGAACAACUUACUGGGCAUACAUCUCGGACGAGAUCAACGAGCUAAAUCAGCUACUCCGAAACCAGAACCGCUCUCAACCACCGGUUAUACCCCAGCCAGAUCUCUCUGAUGGUGGCAAUGACACCUUGACACCCCCAGUGCACAAACGAGAUGAGUCGGACGCUCAAGUCCAACAGUGGCUCGCUACUCACGAAAGAAACAUGCAUGAUUCCGUCCUUUACCCGAAACCUAGCACUUUUGCCUUGAAUUUGAAGCCUAUACUGGCAGAUAUGCUCAAUCACGUUCCAACAAGACAUCAAAGCAACAUUCUAUACAAGGCUUUCAUGUCCGGAGUCCAAGCAAUCAGUCCCGUUCUUCACCCUCCAACUGUGCUCAAAUCAUACGAAGAAUUCUGGGACUGGUAUACUGUGUAUAGACAGCCAGGAAACCCGUAUCCUCGGCCUUCAUUUAUCCCACUACUUUACGCCAUUUGGUACGGUGGUUCGGUCACAGUCUCCCUGAAAACCAUACAUGCCGAGUUCAACCUCGAAUCAAGAUCUGCGUUAACCGAGCCUUUCCAUGACGAAGUUACUAGAUGGUUGAAGACCAUUUCUUUCCCUCGCAGCCCGUCCCUCAACGGCUUGGCUGCCUUCCUACUUGUCCAAACCAUCUUAUCCAAAGAGGAGGAACCCUUGACAAGCAGUCUCUUCAUCAGCCUUGCCCUUCGUGUAGCCCAGACCAUGGGCUUACAUCGUGACCCGGCGCAGUUCGGUAUCUCUCACUGUGAAGCUGAGAUGCGUAGAAGGUUGUGGUGGCAUAUCGUCCAUAUGGAUGGUGUAGUUGCAAUGUCAAGCGGCCUUCCACCUCUCGUCAGCGACGAAAACUACUGGGAUGUUCGGCUUACUAGUGAAGUCAAGGACACGCUACUCACUUCUCCAGAGGCAGAAGUAUACGAACGCAUGGUAGAUGAAGGUUAUAGACGUCCCGAUAAGCCGGAUGAUCCCUCUAUCUGUGGGAAUUCAAUGGUUAAUGUGUACUACAUUUCAGCCAAAGGGAAAUACAUAAUGGCCCGCGCUAUUCGCAAAAUUUUAAAGAUCCAGUUAGGAACGAGACCAGUCACCAGAAAAGACAUGGAGGAUCUCAAAUCGGUCCUUGUUGACCUUCAAUUUAAGCUGCACGCGCUGGUUGAUCGGAUUGCUAACCCCAAACGCCCAAAUGCCAAUGCCGAUACAACCCGAUGUAUCAAGCCCGAUCUCCCCAACGGCGGACCCGGGUGUGGCGAGCAGUAUCACACUCCAGUGCUGACUGCAUUCCACAAGUGGGCAAAAAUAUUACUUUCGCUGUUCGUUCAUAAGGCCUUCUGCGUGGCUUAUCAGCCUUUCCUCAAGAAUGCUAAGAGCAAAAUAUGGCCAGCAGCAAGACAAUGCGCACUACGUCAUUGCCAUGGUUUCAUGGAGAAAUUUAUCCUCCUUGCAACUGACCCUGAUUUCCAGCCAUUCCAAUGGAGCUGGCCUGGAAAUCACCAACCCAUGCAUGCAACGAUGAUAAUGCUUAUUGAUUUAUAUGAACGCCCUUCGAGCUCGGAGGCACCGAAGUCCCGGGCCUUUAUUGAUAAGAUAUUCUCCUUAUCUGGCCCAGACGGUGGUGUCGUUGGAGGCGAAGAUGGUGUGACAACCUCAAGGCCAUUGAACGAUGGUGGGCGAGAAGCUUGGGAUAUGAUGCGACGGCUUCGCGAGAAGGCAUGGUUAAAGGCCGGACUUGAUCCACAAUUACUCUGGACUGAACAAGCUCAGGUGCAAGCUGGUGUUGCACCUGUAAGAAGUCCCUCCGUAUCAACGACUUCUACGCGCAAUCAGGAGAGAAGCUUCAAGGAUCAGAGUGCAUCCCCAACAACAAACUUUGCAGAUAGCUACUACGCGAUGAUCAAGAACUCAUACGAUGACCACAGACAUGUCCGACAGGCAUCAGCGGAGUCGAGCCGUGCAAGGGAUAAACAACCUAUCACAUUCACAACUCUGCCCCAGCAACAGCAACAAAUCCCCAGUCCCACCUGCACAAUCCCUGUUGUAGGUAAUACUGCAACCCCACAGUCGGCUUCGAACGCGUUCCUUUGGCCCUCUCAGCCAGUGUACCAGAACCCAGGACCACCAUUAAACCAGGUCAAUCAGGUACCAUCUCUUGGCCAAGGAGAUACGCGUGGCUAUCUUAACCCAAACUCCGCGAAGUUUGUUGCCUUAGCCGGCGAUCGAGCCAAUGUGGUUCCACCUAUUGGACUCAAGAUAGAAACAUCUCAGCCGGCUAUGGCUGAUAUUCCUAUGCAAGCAAUACCGCAGCACCGUCCGCAACUAUCACAACAGCCGCAGCAUGUGCCUCCACAACAGGCACCUCCGCAGCAGCCACCACACCCUACUGCAUUUGAGCCGAACGUCAACUUCGAUUGGGACCAAUGGGACGCUGUGUUUGGACAAUAUCUCCCAAUAAUUGACGGGUACAUGGACCUGGACAACAGCGAACCUCAACCGAAUCCGAAUGAGCUCCCGAUAUCGUCCACAAUCCAGGCCCCAGACGGCAAAAUGAGUAUGCUUGAGCAAACAAUGCCAGGCCCAGACAAUUCCCGAAACUGGGCUGAUUUUGGAUAA